GUCACGGCAGUCCACCUCUACCCAGCGUACGAGUCGGGUGACAGGCCCUCCCGUGACAUCGCCCUCGUCAGACUGGAGCAGCCUGCGUCGUUCUCCCGAAAGCUGGUUCCCGCGUGCGUCCUGACGGGGUCUUUCCCGAGGCAUGACGUGGCCGCGACCUUCAACCGCACAGUCGCACGCUACACAUGGGAGAUGAUACUACAAGAGCACGAUCCGCGCUGCCAUUCGCCACACGACCGCUGUGCCUCGACGCUCACGGUCGACAGAGACCAAUUUUGUGGCAUUGACAAAGAAUACCGGAGGUACCUACCCGAGGGUUCCUCCGGCGGCCCGUACCUCGUGAACCUGGGCACCGACGCAGACGAAAAGUGGACGGUGGCCGGCGUCGUGUCCUCUUCCUACGGCGGGGCCUCCUGCAGCCGACCGUACACCAUCUUCACGACCGUAGGGAAUUACUGGCCAUGGAUCGAGCGAUGUGUCUAUCUCGGAAAUUGUUCUCAGCCUUUGGAGGACGAUGGGGAAUGAAAUCUAAUUAUUCUCAUCUGAUAAGGACUAAGAAUGCAAGGGGGUAAUAUUGUUCGUUGCUCUUUUAAGGCCUGAUGGACAUGCUAUGCAAACGUGUUAUUUAACAUUUCGGAACAUUGCUAUUGACAUGCAUGCAGACGUGUUUGAAGAUCCGUUUGGACGGUGGCACCCGGAAGCAUGUUCGAGAUAUGUGUGGACGAUGCUCGGGCGAAGCACUUCUUAUCGUAUGGCUUAUUUAGAAGAAUGUGUGUAUCAUGUUUCAGACAUGUUACCAGCAGUGUUUUACGCUGUGUGUACAAGGCCCAUGGUUCUGUACACACGAUCGAGUAGUUGGCGCACCUUUGGCUUGUGUCAGCGGGCAAAUCAAGACAGUGCCGGAGUGAAGUCAUUGCAACAGUGGCAAAUUGUGUAAGGAAGUUCAUAUGGACCCUAAGAAGCGUUUCUGUCUGCUACUUGAUUUAUGCAAUUACCAAAUGCCAACAUAUUCCGCCACCAACUAAAGUGCACUUGUCUAGCCUCGAGAUCCUCACUGUUGUGCGGAUUAGAACUCGUACUACUUACGCACUCGUCUGGCAUCUCUUCACGCCCCUUUCAGCACUGUUCAAUCAUGUGGGCGAACAGCAAGAACGACUAAGCGAUGUUACAAAAGGACAGAACUAAAUAGUAGUUUUCAGGUACCACCCCUUAACUUCAAACAUGUAAGUUUCCUCAUUAUUUGAAAGUUUUCGUUGCAUGUCCGAUUCAGGAUUCGUACCCAAAUAAAAUUCACAGAGGUCAUGCUUCUAACUUCCAAAUAUA